UCGUGCGUAUGGUUUCUUUAAUCCCUUAUUCCAAACAUGGUGAAACACUGGACGCCGAGCUGCUAAAAUGUGGGCAGUAUUGGAGUCGAAGAUAGGGCGAAUAUCGACCCAGUUGACUUCAUGUUUGAUGCUAGCUUCUCUCGUUACUGUAACCUCUUCAGCCGAGACAUGCACAGCCUAUACUGACGGGACUGGGUACGCCAGGCCAGCUUUCGACUGCGAAACCUAUUGCUGCGGGACUAGUACCCUGAAGUAUUGUUGUACAGAGUACUGCUACAGCACGUACUUUUCGGGGAGUACGCCGUGUAUAACGGAGGAGGACGCAUGGAAUUCUGUGCUGAUGAUUGCUGGCAUCCUGGCAGGAGUGGGGGCUGCUGCAGUGGUCUUCAUAGUCUUGGCCGUUGUUUGCGAAUCAUUGAAGAAGAAAACAACUGGUGACGACCUUGAGAUUGACAACAAAAGGAAAGAGCGCCCAACAAUUAGUUUUGAAGCAGCAGAAGAACCUGUAAUUCACCCGGAACCGGAACCGGAACAAGAAGAAGUGCCAGAACCGGAACCAGAACCAGAAGCAGCGCCAGAACCGGAACCAGUGCCGUAUCAAAACUCAGAAAUGGCACCAAAGAAGAAAGAACCGCCCUUGCGAAAAUUGGUCCGACGGAAUACGCUCCCACCCAUCCCAGGGCCAAAACCAGUCGGUGAGGCCCAUCCACAAGCUGCAAUGCCAGUUCCCACCACGGAGCCCCGAUCGCCGACCCCACCGCAAAGCACUCUCUACGAAGACGAUGUAUUCGGCGCGCCAAGGCGGUCGAAGUAUACCUCCCCGCGAGCAGAUGAGAAGGAAUACGUCAAAGAGGCGUUGGAUUACUAAUAUUUUGUCCCUUCUGAAUCUCCCUUUUAGCAACGGCCCUGCAUUUUAUCUUCUAGUCCUUGACGAGUUCCAUGACGGUUUUUGGCCCGUUUAUUUUGACGUCCAUCAGUUCAUUAGCCGUUGAUAAA